AUGAGUAUCAAGGAAGAAGAGAGCAGAAGAAGAGUAGAGGUAGAGUAUAGUGAAAGCGCAGGGGAGUACAACACUGUAUUAUCUUCCGAAGAAGGAACUUCUCUUACUGAAGAAGGCACUCCUCUUACCGAAGAAGGUGCUUGGAGAAACACAAAGGAAUCAAUUUUAGGAGACAAGCCGUACAUACUGCCAAAUGGAGAAGUAUAUAAGAAAAGAGUAAGGACUGUUAUGACUCCCAUCCAAAAUGAAUCACUUAGAAGAUAUUUUCAGCUUAAUCCCUUUCCGUCAUCAGAAGCCCGGGCUUCAAUUUCUUCUUCACUGGGGAUGCGGCCAAGAACAGUGCAAAUAUGGUUUCAGAACCAAAGACAGAAAAUGAAGCACGUUCUUCAGGAGGAGGAAAAGAUUAAAGAGUCAAGAGAAACAGCUGUAUACACUGGAGAAAAGGGGGAAGAGCCACUGUGGGUCUUAGCGCAUCUUUCCUGCACGAUACUAAACACCAACAAUGCAAUGUAAAUUAAGAUAAACUUGCCU